UAUAGAACAAAGAAUAUUAUAUUAUCUACCUACUAUAUUUUUUAUAUUGUUUUUUUUUUAUAUUAUAAUAGGGUAAACAUGGCACAAAUCUAAAACGUCAUCUUGCUUCACACCAUGAUGAAUUGUAUGAAGAAUAUAUGUCAAAAGAAUUGGAAAAAAAUAAUUGUUCAAAAAAAAUUACAAAAAAAGAAUCACAACUUAAUUUAUUUAACUUUUUAGUACCUAAAGUUAAGGUACAACUCAAUAAAAAAAUAAUAUUAGACGCGUGUAUUGAUCUCGUGACAGUCAAUGGACGUCCAUUCAGUAUGUUAAAUGACACAGGCUUUCGAAAAAUACUAGAUCCUGUUUUAAAUGGAUUUAAAGAGAAAAAAUUUACUAUCAACUCUUACUCGAUUAAGAAACAUGUACAUACAGAGUCGCUUCUCAUACAAGAUGAAAUACCUAGCUAAUGAAGUUCAGUCUAAACUCAUUUCUCUCAAACUCG